GGGUGGGGGGGUCGUUCAUUUCGUCAUUAAUUUUGUAAGGCUGUAGUGGCUGCUCCGGUUCCUCUCAGCUGUGGGGAUGUAGGAAACCAGAUCGCUGGUGGGUUUGACAGGUGAAAGGCACUGGAGUCGUGCAAUUAUUAGAAGUGCUGAUAGCGUUGAGGAGCUGGGUUUGUGCUCAGUGAAGGACUUACAUUGAUGGACAUGGACAGCAGGACUACUUACUGUUUACAGUCGACAAAUAAGACUUAUGUUUACCUGUGGACCUACAGGCAGUUCCAGGUAGCCACAGGCUCACAUUGCUCUGUAAUGUUUGUGUGACUUGUAUUCCUGCAUUUCUCUGUGUGAUGGUUUGUGUGUGUAUGCUGCAGCAGGAGCAGAUAGAGUGGGAUGAUGUGAAUAGACUCCUCCAGCAUCAUGGUUUUAAGCCAGUGUAUUUUGCAGAUCCUGUUGAGAAUAAGAAUCUUUCAGAUUUGGCACUGCUGGACAAGAGGACAGCUGGUGAGAUCAGGGCGACUCUGAGGACAAUGCUCACAGACUCUGAGAGGAGACAGGCUCUCAUCCAGGAGCUCAUCAAGUCCAACAACCAACUCAAAGAGGAGGUUCAGGAGCACAUGAGUCAUGCAGCCCAGCAGUCUCAGCGGGCCACAGAGCUGGAGAAUUUGCUGGAUGGUGUGAAGACCAGAGUCCAGGACCUGGAGGACCGUUACCUCGGCAAGGCUGUCCAGCAUCACAGUCACACACAGCAACUUCAGCAGGAAAAACAAGAAGCACAAAAACUCUGUGAGGUUUUGGAACAGAAGCUGGCAAGGCAGAGGGAGAGAGCAGCUCAACUUCAGAGGAAACUUUAUUUCACUAUCAAAGAAGAAGAGCGUCACUUAUCUCAACAGAGUCAGACUUUUCAGCACAUCUGCAAAAGAGAGCAGCACAGCUAUGCAGCAGACCAGCCCGUGUUGGAUGUGAUUGACUUCUAUGAGACUGAAAUGACAAAGCUGCUGGAUGAGCUCAGGUCUGUCAAAGGAGAAUCAGGAGUGUCUUAUCAAAAGGAAAUGAAGAAGGCAUCCAGCAAUGUAACUUCAUCUUUUAAAACCAUUCUCAAGGCACAUCAGGAGCAGCAGAAGGCAAGCAAAGCUCAAAUAGAAGAGCUAAAGAAGGAAGUUGAGCGUCUGAAGCAGGAGCUGGAAACAAGGCCAACACUCAAAGAAGUGAAGUUCUACAAAGACAAACUGCUGCGUUUGGAAGGAUUAAAAAAACUCAACAACAAAAGAUUGCCUAAAGAAGACAACACAACUGAGAUUAGUGAGCGCGUCAGUGAUAAGGCCAGAGAAGCCCACUAUCAUCAUCUGUUGACUGAGAUCCAUGCAGUUGUGACCAGUCCCAGUGCUCCAUUACGUCUGCACAGACAGAGACCUUCCUUUGUUGGUUUGGAGCUGGCUGAGUUUAAUAGUUUGCUCCCCACACUGGAGGUCUGGUCCCAGCAGCUCCAGCUGCUCAAGGAGCUGAAGCAAGGUUUAACCAAACUGACUACUAGACUGGUGCCCUGGCAGCUGUCUGAUGGUGAUUCUGCAGAGGCAGUGAAGGUGGAGGACAUGAUGUUGCUUGUGGACACCAUGCUGGAAAGCACCUCUACACAUGAUGAGAAGGUGCUGAGGAGUCCCACUCGAUACACUCUGGGAUCCAUGGUGUCCCAUUUCCAAAGGCUGUUUGAUGUGACCUCCCUCAGCGGGGUCUACCCACGUAUGAAUGAGGUCUACACCAGGCUGGGAGAGAUGACCAACACUAUGAGGAACCUCCGAGAAAUUCUGAACCUAGACAGCAGGGUUCCACUUGUGGAGGUAGUGAACCAAGUGGCCAGACUGGUCUCCUCCAACAGACACACUGCAGGGUUCCAUGAUAUGCUGGAGGACACUGACAUUGACAGUAUCAUUAUCAAAGUGAAGCAGCAUGAGGAGUUCUUCCCUACUUUCCAUGCCCUCAUUAUGGAGAUGUUACAGAUUCUGGGGGUCUGUCAUCUGGACGACAUCCUCCCAGCUCUGAGGUCUAUGAAACAGACAGCACAAUGAUGUACAUCCUGCUUUGACUGCCUGUGUUUUGUGAUGAUUGUUAUGAUUGUGAAUGUGAGUUUUGUUUUUGAAUAAAAUCUUUGGCUGAGUGAA